GUGAUCCGAAUCAUCGGUGGGUAUUGUACAAGUCCGCAGUAUGCACGGAUGCGCCCGAGGGCAGCAGCGGAGAUCUUCGCGUGAGCAUGUGCAAGGAGUGCGCCGAAGCAUUGUCGAACACGCACACAGACAGCCGCGGGCGGUGCCGCCCGCGCGUACGCAUGCCCAGCGAGGCUCUCGCGAAUGGCAUGUGGCGUGGUCCUGACCCGGAAGAGCUGACGAACUUAACGUACACCGAGUGCAAGGUGAUCAACCUGGCGAGGGUGUACGUCAGCGUGAAGCGCGUGUUGUUGGACAGGGCGUCUUUCGCCAGGACGAGUGCCGACGAGGCGCCGCGCUAUCACCAGAAGAACGUUGUUGCGUACCCGCAGAGCCCGGACGCGGCUCUGACUGCCAUCGGACUGUCGCCGAUGGCCCUGGCGCACACUCUGAUCGUCCAGUUCGUGGGAAGCCGCGCUGACGGUAUCUGGCAUCACCCUGACUUGCAAGUUUCCGUGGUGCGACUUCGAGCAGCAUUUCGUUGGUUGUGCUCCAACAGCUGGAACCACAUGGAAGCCACGCGACACCAUGCCGCAUGUGCGGAUUCUGGCUUACUCCACGAGUCGAUCGAGGAGUUGCUGGACGCGUACGCGACGAGCGUUGGUGGAUCCUCGGGCGUUCCGCGCGAGCUCGUCGACUCGGCGACGUCGAUCAGCGGCUCAAGAGCUUCGGUGCAAUCUAAAGGACCAGCUGACUGCACGGAAGAAGGUGAACGCGACACGGAGGAGAACGGGCCCGAAGAGGCGGAGAACGCCGCCGUCGUCAACGGCGGUUUAGCAGACGUCGACUCCCUGCCGCUGUGGACACAGGUCAUCAAAAACUUUAAGGCGGCACAGCGGUUUAAAGAGGAAUUGGCCGCUCUAGACCCCGCCGACUUAUCUGCUCGCGCCGAGAAGAAGAGAAUGCAUAAUGUGGGCAUGGCCCAGGCCAUCGAAGACCUGGAGAAGCUGUCGAAUGAGAAGAUGCGAAAACGUUUGGAAGAGUGGGCGCGGUCGGAGACUGACGACAGAGCGCCCUUGAAGAUCACGCACGAGACCACGUUCUUGUCUGCUCGCACGCCGAACUUUUGGGCGUCCUGCUUCGUUCGGCUGUUUCCUCGGGGAGAUUGUCAGGAAACAUGCCCAGAACGUAAAGCGGCGGAUAGUACCGUAUCGUUCUUGUCUUCCAAUAAGUGGAUCCAGUGCUUACUUCAACGAGCAGAUUGUGAUUACUGGCGGAAGGACCUGGAGUUCGUCGCAUCCGUGGUCAACAUCUUUAUGCGUCGAGAUCAGAUGAGCAAGGUGGAAGCGUGCAUGAGGGAAAUGCCCGGCGGCGGCUUCAUGGGCAUAACUCCCGAUGAGAUGCAAAGGAUGAACGAGAUCACAGCGGAAGGUUUGGUUGCCGCCGCGAUCGCGAUGGGAGGUGAUGCGAAGGGUAUGAGCGAUCUUCUGAGGAAUAAAAAGUUGACCCAACCAGUCCGCACAGCCGCUGAAAAAAUGCAGGCCGUGUCCCGGAAAGUGCGUGGAUCUGCCGAAGAGCGGGACUCGUACAGGUGGAAUUUCCGAGCUCUUCAGAUAAACUCGGGCUGCUCGACUUUGUUCUUCACGCUGAAUCCCCACGACAUUCGCAGUCCGCUGACGGUGCUACUGGUGCAGGACGGCACGGAGAUGCAGAGGCGAUUCUCCCUGAACAUGAGCGACAAGGAGGCGGAGGUGCCCGGUGUAUUCGGGUACGUGCGCUCCUAUCUCGGAGUUGUUGAGGAACAGAUGCGGAAGGCGCUGCACAUACACAUGCUCGUGCAGAUUCUUGGCUUCUCGCAUCCCGACGAUAUCUUCAAGAAGAACUCUUUCCUCGACGAAUUUAAGCGUCUCUACUACUAUCACGCCUCAGUCAUGUUCCGCAGCCAGGAAGCCGUAGCGCAUCAUUUCGCCGUUCCUGAGGCGAUGAGAACCACCGCCGGGCUGCCGUUGUUCCCGGUGACUCUGAAGCAGCGGAGCAUGAUCGGCAGCGCUCGCGUUGAGGAGAGCAACCUCGCGCAGACCGUGGCGCGCGGACUCGACGUGCCGCCUGCUCUAUCCAGGAGCGUGCCUGAGUAUCCCUUCUUCGUUGGUUCGUAUCACGGCGACGAGAACGUGUCCGGUAGCGACUGGGGCAGCCGCGCUGUUGUCGAGAUUUUUUCAAGGAGUCGCAAGACGGGCAACCACGUGUGCAAGCCGUCCGUCUGUCACAAGGGGCGUCUCGGAAAGCGUGGUUUUUGCCGCAUGUUCUAUUGGCAUCUCGUGAAGGUGGAGGACCCCAAGACGGGGCGCCUCGUCGCCAAACGACAGCAUGGCUUGCAGCUGCAUCCUCGAUGGGAUGGCGUUGGGCCUCCGCCGAUUCUAGGGUAUCCACACGUUGGGUUGCCGGCUCUGGAGACGACGCACCAGUGGCACUUCAAGCUGUCCUACCCGAUCAUGCUCGGCCCGCAGUGCAAUCACGACAUCCAAGUGCUCCCGCGGUUGUGCGCUCUGCAGAGCAGCAGCCCAGACGCCGUGCCCGAUGAGGCAGAGGUUGCCACCGCGAGAGCGGGAAUGAUAGAGCAGCAGGCGGCGAAUGAGUUUUACUGUUCGUCAUACUCUAGCAAGUCCGCGCCGCACGCGGAGGGACUCGUGCUGACUCUUGCAGUCUCGCUCCAUCAGAAAGAGCAAGACGCGAAGGAGGCUGCUGGCCGCGGCGACGAGCCUGAGAACGUGCACGAGAAGGCGAAGCGGAUUCUCCACAGGCUGUUGUCGGCGACGAACAACAGGAUGCACAAAGGGUUUCCAGAGAUGCUCAGUUACCUGCUUGAGGAGCCCACCCUGUACUCUAGCCACGAGUUCGUUACCGUCUUGACGCCAGGCCUCAGCAUGCUGAUCUCGAAAAGGUUGAGCGAGGUCGCAACCGGUGCAGAGACGAGUGGACCCUCCACUGCCGCGCGUCCGUACUCUACGAAACUCUACCGAAGGCCGUUCCUGACGGAGUACGAUUACCUCUACCGCCCCGACGAGCUGGAGGAUUUCCCAUUGUACUUCUUCUUCGCGGCUUGCGAAGCUCGGCAAGCUCGUCCUGACGGACAUCGCCCCGUGAACACUCUGGCGUGGCACGUCGCGGCCGACGGUAAGCGUCAGUUCUCUGCAGAAAAGCUAUACAGCCGGGAGCACGAAAAAGUGCCUCUGCGCGGAGAUCCUUCGGAGCAUCACCCCCUCGGGCCUGAGCUAUACAAGUACGCGUACUACGUGACCGUCCGCUUGAGCAUCGCGUGGCGGAUACCUGUUCUUCGCGGAUUUCUGCCUCCGUGCCCGGAGGCAAAGAAAGACGGAGAUGACGAAGCUAAGAGAUUAGAAGACGAGGUUAAGUACGCGGUGUACGUGCAACUGCUCUUUCGACCUUUCCGAACAGUGGAGGACGUGCUGCGUCGCGCCCCGCCCGCGCCGUGGACGCACAUACCUGCGGAGUACUACGGCGCAUUCGUGAAUGAGUUCCAGGAUUGGCGCAGCACUCAGGAGUCCAUCGCUUCUCGAGCACGUAGUGAUACGCCACCUCUCAGCAAGGAAUGGUGGGCUUGUCGCGUGUGUGAAUGCCUCAGGAAGUACGACCUCGUCGCAAAGCGCCACGUAUCGGUUGUUGAUCGUGUGCCGACAGGGGACGCUCUCCGUAGUUAUCCCGACGCUGCUGCCGAUAUCGAUGGCCCCGAUGCGAGCAGGGCCGACGACGAGGAGAUGUUGAUGGAGUCCGAUUCGGACGAGAGUCCCGGCGAUGCUGCGAUGGAGGACGAUGCCCCCCGUGAUGCGGCAGUUCCUCGCGCGUCGGGUCGCGAAGCAGAUCCAGUCAGCCAGCUUUGCGGAACCGUGGACAUUGACUUCAACGAACUGGUCAACUCGGAAACUCUGGCGAAAAGCAGAUCCAACGAGGCAAAAUAUCUCCGUGGCUUUAUCGAAGAGGAAAAGAAGUGCGUUUCCAGGCGCACAGCUGCCGCUGACGGCGACGGUGCGUUCCAAGAGUGCUCGUUGUCAGCACGAAAGUCGCUCAUCGUCUCUGACAUGCAGCAGAAAUUUUUCAAGAUCGUCAACGAGGGCGAGGAUAAUGUCGAGAUGGUCAGGAAAGUCGAGAAGACGAAGUCAGAUGUGCUACAGCAACGCAUCGACGCGGCGAUGGCGAGUAUUCCCGUAGCAUUUGAGCGCAAGGUGCCCUUGUUGGCCCGUAAGUCAUCGACGUCUGUUGUAGAGGCUGCGCUGUUCUUGUUGAGCCAAAAGGUUCUCGACAUCCCUGAUGUGGGCGGUAUCAACGUGAAGCAGGCGCGGGCGCUUCUGUGGAAUGCGUUGUGGCUGCAAGACGUGAUGAAUCGGGAAUGGUCCCUGGACGACCCGUCCGGAUCGCAGUGCUCUUCGAGCUCCUCUUUGGCGGACGGCUUUCAGCUCGCGCUCAUGGGCCCUGGCGGCACCGGUAAAACUGCGGUGCUCCGGGUUACGGAGGCAUUGGUCUCUCAUUUUUUGGGAGCCGAAUCCGUGCGAAAGUGUGCUCCAUCCAACUCGGCGGCCCGGCUCAUCGGCGGCGACACCAUACACGCUGUGUGUAAGCUCCCGUUCGGGAACAUUUCUGUCAGGGACCGGAAAGCCCGUUUGAGCGUUGCUGCGCUGGAGAAGCACAGACAACGCUGGAAGAAAGCUCGCGCGUGCUUCAUUGACGAAGUCUCCAUGGUCUCCAGUGACCAGCUCCAUGCCUCCGAGGUCCGCAUCAGGGAAGCGAAGGAUGACAGGAAACCCUUCGGGGGCCUCGGUAUGAUUCUUUCUGGAGACUUUUUGCAGUUGCCCCCCGUGGAUCCAGGAGACGCGCAGAAGAGUUUGGCGACUCCUCUGAAGGAGACUGGCGCCCUGGACGCGGCCCCUGAGAACCCCGACGCAAAGGGCCAGGACGUGAAGCGCAAGAAGAUCGCCGAUGCCGCUCAGGGGGUUCAGCUGUGGCAACGGGUACGGCAUGUCGCGUGCCUCGACGUGAACAUUCGCGCCCCGGGUAAGCUCAGCAAGUUACUCGCGGAGAUGCGAGACGGCAAGGGUAUCUCUGACGAGUGUUGGCAGAUGUACCAGGAUCGCAUCAUGGAGCGCAACGACCAGAGACUUUCCGAGGGGAGUUCUCCUUUCAGUAAAUACGAGUGGCAGUUCAUUGUUCAUCGCCACAAGAUCCGCGUGCAUCGCUCGCUCGUGAACGCCAAGGCAGCUACGUCCUGUGGGCAUAAGCCGCUAUACAUCGCACAGGCCAGGGAUGAGGCGGUGCAUUCGAAAGAUGAUCGCAAAAUGCCACACGUCAGGGAAGAGCUUUUGCGCAGAGCGUCGCCCCGAGACACUCAAAGCUUGCCAGGCAUACUUCCACUGUACGUCGGGAUGCGGUUGACGUUCCAGGAGAAGGACGGGGUGUACUGGAAAUGA